GGACAGUCCUCCAUAUCCCAAUCCGUAUCAGAAUUCAGAGCCCUCAUGGCGGUACUCAGAGAGCGUAGGCUCCCUAAAGGAAACCUUACCCUCGAUCUCCCCCACCAGGAUUCAACCGCGGGCCCUGAUUGCCGCACGCUUCACCCUUCCCUCCCCCCGCGGCGGAGGCAAAAGGGGGCGCCUGCCGUUCCCUCCGGCGGCGAGCAGCGGCUCUCCGAUUUCGAAAAGAUCAGAGUCCUCGGCCAUGGAAAUGGCGGAACCGUCUAUCAAGUUCGCCACCGCCGAACGGGAUCCCUAUACGCUCUCAAGAUGCUUACAGCCGACGACUCCCUCAGCCGCCGACAGGUCGCGCGCGAGGUUGAAAUUCUCCGGAGCACCGAUUCCCCUGCCGUACUUCAUUGCCACGGAGUCAUCCCCACUCCCUCCGGUGAUACCGCCCUGCUUCUUGAGCUAAUGGACGCCGGAUCGCUCGAAUCCCUCGCCCGCCGUGGAAUCCCCUUCUCUGAAUCGGCCAUCGGGGGAAUCGCACGCCAGGUUCUCCUCGGUCUUUCCUACCUCCAUUCUCGUCAGAUCGUCCACCGCGACAUCAAGCCCGGGAACCUCCUCGUCAACACCGCCGGGGAGAUCAAGAUCGCCGACUUCGGUGUGAGCAAAAUCAUGCGCCGAUCUCUGGACCCCUGCGUCUCAUACGUGGGCACAUGUGCGUAUAUGAGCCCGGAGAGAUUCGAUCCCGAUUCAUACGGCGGCAACUACGACGCCUAUGCUGCCGAUGUGUGGAGUCUAGGGCUCACUGUUCUUGAGCUCCAUCUAGGUCACUUUCCACUUUUGCCGCCGGGACAGAGACCGGAUUGGGCGACGCUUAUGUGUGCGAUUUGCUUCGGCGAGCCGCCGGACCUACCGGAGACAGCUUCCUGCGAUUUUCGGGACUUUAUUGGGCGGUGCCUGCAGAAGGAAUCGAGCAAGCGGUGGUCGGUGACGGAGCUGCUUGCGCAUCCCUUCAUCGCUGGUCGGGACAAGAGUGAGGGAUCGAGUAUUUCGGGAGAUGAUUUCACUGGCGGUGGCGGCGGAGUCAUGAUUCGCCGCCGCCGAGUGUUGGCGGCUGAAUUUGUGAAUUUGUAGAUAUAGCUCUUCCGGCGAAACUUCGCGGGAUUCGCUUGAUUUUUUAUUUUUAUUUUUAUUGAUUUGGAUAUUUAUUGUAUUUAGAUUUGUUUUCCCCCCGGAACAAGGUUAAAGGAUUGAAAUGAGAAUA